UGUCAAUCAGCAGCGGUUGCCGGGGUAACGGAUGGGGAAACACUCCAAGGUCCAGCGGCAGCUGUCAAUCAGCGGCGGUUGCCGGGGUAACCGUGUCCCUUUGGAAGCUGGUGGCUUGUCAAUCAAGCCGGAGGCGGUGGCGCAGGGCGAGCAGCGACAAAAAAAACAAGCGGCCGUCCGCCCGGGCAUCGCGCUGCGGAGAUGGCCGAGGUUCACAAUCUUCAGGAGUUGCGGCAGAGUGCCUCGUUGGCAACAAAAGUCUUCAUCCAGCGAGACUACACAGAUGGCAUCCUGUGCCAAUUUCAAACCAAGUUUCCACCAGAGUUGGAGAGUCGGGUUGAAAGACACUACUUCGAAGAAACAGUGAAGACCUUAAACAAUUAUUAUGCGGAAGCAGAGAAAAUCGGUGGGACAUCCUAUUUUGAAGGCUGCAUGGCUUGUAUUACUGCCUAUGUCAUCUUCAUUUGUAUGGAGACCCGUUAUGAAAAGGUUUUGAAGAAGAUUUCUAAAUACAUUCAGGAACAAAAUGAGAAAAUCUAUGCGCCCCGAGGAUUGCUGAUUACAGAUCCGAUUGAGAGAGGGCUGCGUGUUAUUGAGAUUGCGAUCUACGAGGACAGGUGCAGCAGUGGCAGCAGUGGUACUGGGAGCAGCACAAGCAGUUGCAGCAGGGGCUAGCAUCAGGCAACGGACCGAAUAGCCUUCACCAAACAACCUGCUCCUUUGCCUCUUCCCUUCCUGUGGGAAAGAGAAGUUUAUUUUGCAAUAACGAGACUUUCCAGUAUUUGAGCAUCGCACGUUCAUCGUGACCCCUUCUCUGAAAGAUGAUAAGAGAAGAAAAGGAACUCAAAGCAAGUGAACUGUUGACACCGUCCUGCUGACUCAGAGACUUUGAUCUCAUCCGGAAUGCAACGUUGGAGAUGAUGAUAUCUUUACAAGUGUUUUUAGUGUAAAUAAUGUUCGUUAACGGUAAGUUGAUCUCUAAGACUGAGCUGAUUUUGACCUCCUCUACAAUAGUUCCUGAAUUCUGUCCUCCACUCCCCCAAUCCUGCUCCUGGAUCUGGAUAGGAUUUGGUCCAGUGUGUGGCUCUUCCACCUGGUCCUAAGCCAACUUGAAAGCCACUUGCCACUCUGAAGUUUUAUUUAAGGUGGCACAGUGGCUCAGUGGUUGGCAAUGCUGCCCAUCAGUGCCAGGGACACACUCUCUUGCCAUUGUCCACAUAGAGUUUGCACAUUCUCCGUUGUGUCUGCAUGAGUUUUCUCUGGGUGCUCCCCCCAAGUCCAAAGAUGUGCAGGUCAGGUGGAUUGGCCAUGCCAAAUUGCCUGUAGUGUUCAGAGUUGUGCAGGUUCGGUGGGUUUGCCGUGGGAAAUGCAGGGUUACAGAGAUAGGGUAGGGGUUUGUGUCUGGGUGGAAUGCUCUUCGGAGGGGCAGUCUGCACCUGGUGGACUGAAUGGCCUGCUCCCACACUGUAGGGAUUCUAUGAUCAUACAACCUCCGGCAUCCAAUUGGUUGACAAAUAUUUUUUAAUCCACUUUCAAUUUUUUCACAACAUGUUGCUGAAGUCUUUUUUGUCUUACAGCCUUCAGGACAAAUGCAAAAAUAUCCCAUUUCAAACAUUUGAUUAUACAGUAGCUAAAUGGGCCAGCCAAAAGAAACUUGGCAAUCAGUUUCUCCUGUCGUAUAAGUUGUUGUUCCCUUAGAAAUUUGGCACUCUUGCAUUUGUCCUGAUGGGUGUAAGACUAAAAACCUUCCACAGCAUGUGUUUCCUCUCAGCGAGCACUGCAUUACAAAGUGAGUAACUCAGUAACAAGUAGUGUUCCAAGUAUUUUGCUCUUAACUUGUUGUUUUAAGUGCCCGACUACACUUUAUUAUGUCCUCAAGGCUGCUCACGGCAGAAAUCUCCAAUUGCUGGAGCUGUUUCCUGAGGAGAUGCUAAUGCCAGUCUGUGUGGCAAACGUUCCCAUCUCUUUCCCAACUCCCCCCUCCCCUCAACAGUUGAUCAAUGUGCUGACACUGCCCAGGACGGUACAAAGGUACUUUUCAAUUUAAGAUAAUGGGUAGGAUUGCCGAUCGAAUAGCAUUGUCUUAGACCCUCCGGGAAAUUUUCCCUGAGUAUGUAAUAAAGCAUCUCAUAAUAAAUAAGUAUAAGAGUC